AUGAGAUUUGUCUUUAAGCGCUCCGACGUUCCUGUCCCUGAGGUGCUCUCCGCUGAUUUCAGAGAGGCUGAGAGCGAGCGAGACUCAGCAGAACCUUUGGAGUCCGAUUCUCAACCACCAAAAGGAAUGUUUGGGAUGACCGUUAUUUCCGCAAUUCCCCUCGAACAGCAAUGGGAUAUCCUAGACAGCGAGACGAAAAAGCCCCAUGCGAGGAUCGACGAGCAAUAUCUGCACUGCGCGGGGACUCGAUAUAAGGACAAAUUGCCGGAUAGGCUACCCCAUUCAGAGCGCUCGGUGUUCACACAUGCAGACAUCGCGUCGCGCAAUGUCAUGGUGGAUAUGGAAGACAACAUCGCCGGCAUUCUCGGCUGGGAAUCUGCGGGGUGGUAUUCCGAGUACUGGGAAUAUGCGCAGAUCAUGAAACCGGCUUUCUGGGGAGACUGGUCGGUUUGGAUGGAGGACACGGCGGUGCAGCGGUGGGGUUUCAAAAAGUUCAAGGCAGCUAGGAAGGUUUUGUUUUGA